CCGGAUUGACGUUGUGCAACUACUGUGUACAGACUGCACGCUGAAUGAACAUGGCCGCUGACCUGAAAGCAACAUUAACUGCGAGAUAUAAAGAUAUCGAGAGACUCUGGAAGUCUGGUGACUACCAGACUCUAGCGAAGGAAAAUUACACUGAAGACUGUAAAUUAGUUUAUGGUGAUAUCCAGACUGGUCGUGACAAACUAGUGGAGCUGUGCGAAGAAUACGAAAAAGAGGGCACUGUGGUUCAUAAGAGCGAGAUCCUUGACGUUUCCGCAAGUCCCGAUGGUGAGAUGGCCUAUUGUAUCGCCAGAUUGGAAACAAGAAAAAGUGAUGGGACCGAUGGAAAGCAUUACAACAACCUCAUCAUCUGGAAGAAAGUUGGCGGAGUUUACCGUGUCCACGCUGAAAUGUCUAACUAAGUGAUGUUUCCAUUGCAUAUUAUGAUUACUAAUGUUGUCACGUGACAUGUAAUAUUAUUACUUCGGAAUGAUUAUUUGAAAUAAUAAUAAUGAAUUUAUCA